GCCAUGACCAUGGCCAACUGUAACCCGAACCCAUCAAGGGCCAAAUCCAAACCACAAACCAAAACAAAAGUAGAGAGAGAGAUCAUAACGCCCAAUAAACCCAUAAAACACAAUAAACAAAACAUAACGAAAACACAAAACGAAAAGGUGAGAGGAGACCUGCACUAGGUCCGUCCAUGUGAACC